CAUGUGUUGCUUCAACUGCGGCCAGCAGAUGGCACAGCUUCACUACAUGUGAUUUUACUGUGCACAGACUGUUGUGUCAAGGAAGCAGGCUUGCCUAUCAAAUGAGACAACCUAAAAAAUGUAAGGGGUGGAGAUGGUUCACUAAGUGUUUAUAGGAAAAAGGCAACUUGAGUUUUAAAGAAGCACUUGAACUGUUGCAAUGAAACUAAGAGCAACAGCAGGGAGGCUCAAGCAGCAUAGACAUCUGAAACACCAAGAGCAUCAUCUAAAGGAGAACUGCAGGACAGCACUGGUUGUGAUAGAAGAUCAACUUAGAGGCUACUGUCAGCUUUGGUACCUGAGCCCUCAUUACAGCGCUAGCAAGUAGGCAGAACCCAGAGGAGCAGUUGUUUGUACCAAACUGCAGAAUAAAGAUCAAGAGAGAUUGAAUUGAUCAGUGUCUUGGCAGAAAAUCUAAAGAAGAAUUGUGCUGGUUUGACAAGAAGAGACCCAAAGAACUGCUGCCUCAUAGAUACUUUCACCAGAUCAUGUAAAACUUGGUGAACUGCUUUGAGAUGUCUCCUUACCAAACGCUCUACUUGCCCAACUGUCUCCUGCAUCUGAUACUUCUUCUGCCCUAUAUUGAUGCCACCUGUCCUGUGGGCUGUGAAUGCACAGAUGGGACAAACCACAAAACCACCUGCAGGAAUGUGCAUGUACUUCCAGAGGUGCCCCCAUAUACAGAGACUCUGAGGCUGGAAGAGACUCAUUUGCAAACAAUUCCAGCAGAUGCAUUCUCAAAUCUGCCCAACAUAUCCAAUAUUUACAUUUCACUAGACACAACGCUGCAGAAGUUGGAAGCUGGCUCCUUCCGCAGACUCCACAAGGUCGCACAUAUAGAGAUCCGAAAUGUUAAGAAUUUGAUGUAUAUUGAUCCAGAUGCAUUCCAAGACCUUCCCUGCCUCAAAUAUUUAGGGAUUUUAAACACUGGCCUCUCACUUUUUCCAGACCUAACAAAAAUUCACUCUACUUCUAUGACUGUCAUUGUGGAAAUUGCAGAUAAUCCUCAUAUCAUAUCAGUACCGGCCAAUGGAUUCCAAGGACUGGGAAAGGAGUUCCUUACACUAAAACUAUACAAUAAUGGCUUCACCCAGUUACAAGGAUAUAUUUUCAAUGGAACCAAACUGGAUGAGCUGUACCUGCAUAAGAACAACCUUCUGGACGAGCUUCACGAAGAGCUAUUUUUGGGGACCAUUAGUGGACCAAAUUUGUUAGACAUGUCACAGACAGCAAUCACCUCCCUUCCAACAAAAGGUUUGGAGAAUUUGAAGCAUCUUCUGGCCCAAAGCACUUGGACUCUGAAGAAACUGCCCCCAAUUAAGACUUUUGUGCAUUUAAGGAAAGCAGAAUUGUCCUACCCAAGCCACUGCUGUGCUUUCCAGAACUGGACCAAAAAGAAAAGUUUCUUGGAGUCAGUAAUCUGCAAUCAGUCCAUGUUGCACAGCCCCACCAGGAAAAGAUCACUUGGUAUGUUUAUGGGUCCUUACUACCAAGAUUACCUAGAGGGGGAUUCUGAUCAGACAGAAAAUUCAAAGGUGACCGACUUCCAUAGCAACAAUCACUAUUCUGUUUUCUUUGAAGAGCAAGGGGAGGAAGAGGUGGGCUUUGGGCAAGAGAUAAAGAAUGCUCAGAGUGAAAAUGCCCCAGCAUUUGAGAAUCACUAUGAAAUCAUCAUAUGUGGGGGCAGUGAGAAGCUGGAGUGCACUCCGGAGCCUGAUGAGUUUAACCCAUGUGAGGACAUCAUGGGGUACAACUUUUUGCGCAUUGUUGUGUGGUUCGUCAACCUCUUGGCCAUACUGGGGAAUGUGUUUGUGCUGUUCAUACUGGUCACCAGUCAUUAUAAACUGACUGUGCCUCGUUUCCUCAUGUGCAACUUAGCUUUUGCAGACUUCUGUAUGGGUAUCUACCUUCUCCUUAUAGCCUCAGUAGAUGUACACACCCGUUCUGAAUAUUAUAAUUAUGCAAUAAACUGGCAGACUGGGCCUGGCUGUAAUGCUGCUGGAUUCUUUACCGUGUUUGCAAGUGAGCUUUCCGUAUAUACCCUGACUAUGAUAACUCUGGAACGUUGGUAUGCUAUCACGUUUGCCAUGCGGCUGGACCGUAAAAUCAGGCUGAGGCAUGCUUCAUUCAUCAUGUUGGGUGGAUGGACAUUAUGCUUUUUCCUGGCACUUCUGCCAUUGGUUGGAAUUAGCAGUUAUAUCAAAGUCAGCAUCUGCUUACCCAUGGACACAGAGGCAGCUCUGUCUCAGGCUUACAUUAUCUUUGUGCUGAUGCUCAACAUCAUUGCCUUCAUCGUCAUCUGUGCUUGUUACAUUAAAAUCUACUUCACAGUCCGGAACCCUCAGUACAAGUCUGGCGACAAAGACACAAAAAUUGCCAAACGGAUGGCUAUACUAAUCUUUACUGACUUCAUCUGCAUGGCACCCAUCUCAUUCUAUGCUUUGUCUGCCAUUAUGAACAAACCACUCAUCACGGUUUCCAAUUCUAAGAUUCUGCUGGUACUUUUCUAUCCACUUAAUUCCUGUGCCAACCCCUUCCUUUAUGCCAUAUUCACCAAGGCUUUUCGCAGAGAUGUCUUCAUCCUUCUCAGCAAAUUUGGUAUCUGUGAGCAUCAAGCACAGGUUUAUCGAGGACAGACUGUGUCGGCAAAAAACAGCAGUGGAUCCUGUUGCCAGAGGGAGAGUGGUGGGACUGGGCAGACUCUGGCCAACCUGACCAAUUUUCAGAAACAAGAACAGCCUGAGGGAGCAGUGCAGCACCCUCUCCUCCUGGAAGACAGUAGCCUGACAGCAUUUUAGCACUGUUCUACAGGCUGGGACAGACUGAUGACUGGAUCAUUUAAAACUACUACUAUUAUUGUUUUGCAUAUCAUAGCAUCGUUGGCGUUCCAUUAGAUAGACGGCAUGAAUAAAAAGCAUGGUCUAAGUGUCAUGUUUAUUCAUUCUUAGAUGGCAUACAGAUACAGUUGAGGACCACUAACAUUUUCAACAUGUGAGCUCUAACUUUCUUUAG